AAUUCACGUCACCGCCGCACGCGCUGCCAUCAUCGAAGAAGCGCACCGCCUCCUCUUUUUACCUCACAGAAUCGCCCACACACCCCACCCUCCCAUACGCACCCGAAGAUCCGUUCCUUGCCCUCCCCUCUCUUCUCUUCUCCGAUCGGUGGCGGCAGAGGAGCCAUGGCGGCGGCGGCGGCCCUGUGGCAGCCCCAGGAGGAGGGGCUCCGCGAGAUCUGCGGCCUCUUGGAGCAGCAAAUCUCCCCUAACUCCGAUCAGCCACGGAUUUGGCAGCAGCUCCAGCACUACAGCCAGUUUCCCGAUUUCAAUAACUAUCUCGUCUUCAUCCUUGCCCACGCCGAGGGUAAAUCAGUUGAAAUACGGCAGGCUGCUGGAUUACUAUUGAAAAACAAUCUCAGGGUGACUUUCAGUUCCUUGUCUCCUUCGCACCAGCAAUAUAUUAAGUCGGAGUUGUUGCCAUGUUUAGGGGCGACAGACAGGACCAUCAGAUCCACAGUUGGUACAGUUAUUAGUGUUCUUGUUCAAUUAGGGCGAGUUGUUGGCUGGCCGGAGCUGUUGCAAGCUCUCGUUCAUUGCUUGGACGGUAAUGACACAAAUCAUAUGGAAGGUGCCAUGGAUGCCAUAUACAAGAUUUGUGAGGACAUUCCAGAAGAGCUUGAUGUUGAUGUUCCCGGAUUAUCUGAACGGCCGAUAAACAUUUUAAUUCCAAGAUUAUUACAGUUUUUUCAGUCUCCACAUGCGGUACUCAGAAAGCUAUCACUGGAUUCUCUUAAUCAGUUUAUUGUAGUGAUGCCCACAGCCUUGUUUAUGUCCAUGGAUCAAUACCUUCAGGGAUUGUUUGCUCUUGCUCAUGAUUCUUCUGCAGAUGUUCGGAAAUUGGUUUGUGCUGCAUUUGUUCAGCUAAUUGAAGUCCGACCAUCAUUCUUGGAGCCACAUUUGAGAAAUGUGAUUGAAUACAUCUUGCAAGCUAACAAGGAUCCUGAUGAUGAGGUUGCUCUGGAGGCUUGUGAAUUUUGGUCAGCAUAUUGCGAUGCUAAUUUGCCCCCGGAUGGCUUAAGAGAGUUUUUACCUCGCUUGAUUCCAGUUUUGAUGUCAAAUAUGGUGUAUGCUGAUGAUGAUGAGUCACUUGUUAAUGCAGAGGAAGAUGAAUCUUGUCCAGAUAGGGAUCAGGAUCUGAAGCCUCGUUUCCAUUCAUCACGAUUACAUGGAUCUGAUAAUGGAGAAGAAGAGGAUGAUGAUGACACUGUCAAUGUUUGGAAUUUACGGAAAUGCAGUGCAGCUGGACUGGAUAUUCUGUCAAAUGUAUUUGGUGAUGAGAUUCUUCCUACAUUGAUGCCUUUAAUUCAGCAAAAGCUAUCAACUGCAAAUGAUUCUGCUUGGAAAGAGAGGGAAGCUGCUGUUUUGGCAAUUGGUGCCAUAGCAGAAGGAUGCAUUAGCGGACUUUACCCCCACCUUCCUGAGAUUAUUGCAUUCCUUAUACCACUUCUGGAUGAUAAAUUUCCUCUUAUACGGAGUAUCACCUGUUGGACACUUUCUCGUUUUAGCAAGUACAUUGUUCAGGGCAUUGGUCAUCAAAAUGGUCAUGAACAAUUUGAUAAAGUUCUCAUGGGACUACUUAGAAGGAUAUUGGAUACUAAUAAGCGAGUGCAGGAGGCUGCUUGCUCAGCUUUUGCAACUCUUGAAGAGGAGGCUGCAGAAGAAUUGGCACCACGCCUGGAAAUCAUUUUGCAGCACCUCUUAUGCGCUUUUGGGAAAUAUCAGAGACGGAACCUCCGGAUUGUCUAUGAUGCUAUUGGUACUCUUGCUGAUGCAGUUGGAGGAGAAUUAAAUCAGCCGAAGUAUCUUGAUAUUUUGAUGCCUCCAUUAAUCUCAAAGUGGCAGCAACUUUCAAAUAGUGACAAAGAUCUAUUUCCAUUGCUCGAGUGCUUUACUUCUAUAGCACAGGCUUUGGGACCAGGAUUUUCUCAGUUUGCUGAACCAGUUUUUCAGAGGUGCAUCAAUCUUAUCCAGAUACAACAAUUGGCAAAGGUUAAUCAUGUUGUGGCUGGUGUCCAAUAUGAUAAAGAAUUCAUUGUCUGCUCCUUGGACUUAUUGUCAGGGCUUGCUGAAGGCCUUGGCAGUGGGAUAGAGAGCCUGGUUGCACAAAGUAAUCUGAGAGAUCUACUUUUGCAAUGCUGUAUGGAUGAAGCAGCUGAUAUUCGGCAAAGUGCACUGGCACUUCUUGGGGACCUUGCAAGAGUUUGCCCCGUACACCUGCAUCCUCGUCUACAGGAGUUUCUUAAUGUUGCAGCCAAACAACUGCAUGCUUCUGCGGUGAAGGAGGCUGUAUCAGUGGCAAAUAAUGCUUGCUGGGCAAUUGGGGAACUAGCAGUCAAGGUUCAUCAAGAAAUUUCCCCUAUAGUGUUGACAAUCAUUUCAUGCUUGGUCCCAAUUCUUCAAAAUGCAGAGGGUCUCAACAAGUCACUUAUAGAAAACAGUGCAAUCACUCUGGGAAGGCUUGGCUGGGUUUGUCCAGAGCUUGUAGCACCACAUAUGGAACAUUUCAUGCAGUCCUGGUGUGCUGCUUUAUGCAUGAUACGAGAUGAUUUUGAAAAAGAGGAUGCAUUUCGUGGUCUUUGUGCAAUGGUGAGAGCAAAUCCAUCUGGUGCUGUAAGAUCGCUAGCCCAUGUAUGCAAAGCUAUUGCCAGUUGGCAUGAAAUAAGGAGUGAAGAUCUACGCAAUGAAGUCUGCCAGGUUGUGAAUGGGUAUAAACAGAUGCUUGCUAAUGGAGGAUGGGAUCAGUGCAUGGCCACACUCGAACCUUCAGUGUUGCAUAAAUUGUCAAGAUACCAAGUAUGACAGUUCCUUGGGACAAGCUCUCUUCUCUGGAUGGUGUCAUAUUUCCAUCUUGCAUUUGAGAUGGAUGAAAUAAUGGACCCACGACGUCUGGAUCUUCAAGCUUUAAGAGUGAGAUUUGUCGUGUGAUUUACCACUACAGUGGUAUGGGAAUAGUCAUUGUUGGAUGUGUACGCCAAGGACAAAGGGCGAGUUGUGUUUUAUAUGGGUCCUAGUGGUGCGGCCAAUCAGACAAGUUCGAUCCCGUCCGUUGUAUGCUCAUAGAAGUAUUAAUUUGUACUGUUUCAGUGGGCUUGUUUUUGUCUGUAAUUCCACUGAUCCCGUUACAGGCAUUCCUUGAGGUUUGAAAAGGUUUUGUAAUGUAUUUUUAGACGAUUGAGGUGUAUACGUACUGUCUUGGUUGUAGCCAUUUUUUAACAUUUGUCAUAUUCAAGUUUUGGUGCAAGUUAAAGAGUAUGUGACAGAACUGGUCUCAUGCAACUCUUUUACUUUGCUUUGUAAUUAUUUUGUACUGGUUUUGAAUCAUUAAAUCAAGUUUAAGAGCAGAUUCGAUCCA